AUAGUUUUCGCGAGAAGCAGUGUGGACACCAUUUGAUCAGGUACAUAGAGUAUCUGGCUUUGUUAACAAAUCCGCUGAAUUCGUAUGAUGUGCCUGCGAGCAACUUCGCAGCAAGUUCAACCGAGGGCCGCCGAAGGGGACGGCUAGUUUUUUGGCACAAUUCUAUCGUAUUAAAUGGAAAGACAAGCGGUAAGUUCAUACUAACUCAUAGUACUUUUUAAACGUGAAAAUAUCCCACUACUUAAAGAAAAAAGCGAGAAAACCCGAGCUACUUCUGAACAGUGAAGUCGCACAGCGACACGCGGCAGUUUGUGGUGUGGUGUUUACUUCCGGUCGCUUUUAUUUGUAACGCAAAAUAACGAAAGAUCCAUAAAGAGUAUAGAGAGAUAAGGAGGGUAAGAUGGCGUUUGUAACAUUGACUGAGAACCCAGGGAUACAGAGGACUAGAAAUUCUAAUGCAAGACUUAAACUUCUUCGUCGUGAGCUGUGUUGAUAUUGGUGGUGCAAAAAUGCCCCAAAUAUCGAGUGCAGCCAAUAUAGAAAUCGUUCAUUAAGCAAGCCUAAAAUGCGGAUAAUUCCACAGAUGACAAGGAAGUUAGGAACUGAUCGGAUCAGAUUUAUCACAGACCGGACAAAAUCAUCAGAUUAGAUCACGGACUUCAAAAGUGAAAAUACAUGUAGUUAAAAAAAACAUUAGUCCUGAAAAGUUUGAAACAAUCAAUAAUAAUAGUUAUUAUACAUCGUACUCAUUAUCUGUCCUCUCAUUGGCAACUGAGCUUACAGCUAAUUUGGAAAUCAGCGCAACUUACAGAUUAGUUAUCUGCUAGCAGAUAACUGACUAAUCUGUAGGUUGCGCGUGCAAAAUGCAUGAUUUCUAAUAACAAUAUCCAUUCAAGUUCCUUGCAAUAGUGUGUUUGUCAUUAUUUUCUUCAAAGCAAUGUUUAGUAAAACAAUUAUUAGAUUCGGUUUUGUGACAUCCUAAAAUAAUUAAGGUCUCGGUAGGUGUUAUCAGCCUCGGCCUUCGGUUUGGCUGAUAACACUUACCUCGCCCUUGAUAAUUCUGGACAUCAAAAAAACCUCAUCCAAUAAUAAUAUUGUUUAAAAUAAUAAUAAUAAUCAAUUCCAAACAUCUCCAUCCCCUCAGGGGAUUUGUCUUUUUUUUUCUUCUGUUUUUCUUCUUUAUUCUUAAGUUUACUUGGGUUUCAUGUUGUUUAGUUAUAUGAUACCCCACUAGGAAGCAAAUUCCUUAGCAGUGAUUACUGUGUGUCCCCAUCAAAAUACCUCUAAGGACUGGAACAACCUAGACAAUGACAUUAAAAACAGCAAAACACUGUCCUUCUUUAAGGCACAGCUUAAAACUUUGUAAAUAAUGCCUUAUCUAAUAUUGUUAAACUAUAUUAUAUGUUAUUUUAAAUCAAUUUUCAUCUCUUUUCUUAGUAUGUAAUUUUUAAAGUAGGUGAUUUUUUUGGUGUUGUUGUUGUUGUCAUUUUGUCAUUUAUGAUCUGCAGGGCCCCACUGAAAACCGCUAAGGCAAGUGGGCUCCCUGGAUAAAUAUUAUUAUUAUUAUUAUUAUUAUUAUUAUUAUUAUUAUUAUUAUUAUUAUUAUUAUUAUUAUUAUUAUUAUAACCUCAUCCUUGUGGUCCUUUGCAGAGUCCCCCACUUUGUCCCAGGUCCCUGUUUAGGGGAUGACAAAUGACAGGUGCAUAAAUCUGACAAUGAAAAUAUUACAUGUGGCAUACGCAAUGUUAUUUUCUGUGUCCACUUUCAUUUUUACUUUAUGCAAAUGUUUUCUUAAAUUGUACUGGUAGGCUUUCAGUGCUGAGUUUUAAAGAUGAUACUGUAACGUUGCUAAGAGAGUAGUCUAGCCUUGCCCCAGGACUUCGGGGUGAUAAUCAUGUGCGGUUCGUUAAGAGAGUGUAGACAGCCUUAUUUGCAGUGUAGAGACGUUGUAGUCGUUAUGGAACCCCCCACCACUGCUUUCCAGGGCUGAUCCCUAUUAAAAACUCCUGGGAAUUCAUAAAUUAGACAAUAUAAUUAUAUAAAAAUUCCAAUAUUCUGCCCUACAUGUAAGUUGUUUUGUUCAGCUGAAUAAAUUUUAGUUUUGUGCUGCCAGUAGCACUUUUAACAAUUAAUGGCAAUAGAGAGGGGAAAUGUUACAACUUGUAACCAUAGUAGCAAUCUUUUUUGACAGAGACUGCUAUUUGCAUGGUCGAACAAUGGAAGAAAAGUAUGGGCUACUGUUUGGUUCCUGACUGCAGUCAUGCACAGCAAAGUCAUGCAUGUCCAUUUCUUUUGUUUUUAUCUGCCAUAUUUGCAGGACCAAAAAUUUGCUCCCAUGGCAACGUGACGUAACGACUUCUCUCUUUUAUGACACCUUUUGAUUCGCCAUUUGCACAUCUCCCAUAAGACACCUUGUUUGCCGCCCAAAAUUUGCAUAACCUUUGUUUUUUAUUUCUCCUGAGCAUUACAGUGGUCCCAAGAGAAAUAAAAGGGAAUACUUACGCAAAAUUUACGGGGGCAAACAAGGUGUACAAUUGGAGAUUUGCAAAUGGCCAAGUAAUCAAUCCUCAUUAACGAGAUCAACAAGAACGUAACAAAAGCAAUAGUUUUAGCCAUCAAAACUACAACUCAGCACGUGCGUUACCCCUUUUGGUGUAUUUCUUUGAUUCCCACUGUACGACUACGACGCAAAACCUCUAGGAGGACGUUAACACAGGACGACGUUUUUUUUUUCAUUAUCGAGUUGGGUACGGUCGUUUAGAUUACAACUGUACAAAAAUUCGCUUACAUUUGGUAAAUUGAAUGAAGAUGAAUUAUCGCGAAAAAGCAAGAUUGAAAAAGCUCGAAUUAUAUCUUAGUAAAGUCUUUAUUGUCGUUGUCACCAUAGAUGCUUUUUUAGAGGGGUGGACACCAUAAAAAAGAGUCAGCCGCGGCGAAUAACUCAUUUAUCCUGUUGUCUUGCAGCUUUCUCUUAAGAGUCUGUCUUUCAAUUAUUUGACCACACCUAACAAAGAAAGUGGUUUUAGCAGCCUACAAUCAGCUUGCAUCAAAGGAGAUGUCGAUACCGUCUUGGCGAUCUUAAACCUCAGCCCAGAUAAACUUGACAGUGCCAUUGCUCUGAGUGUCAAGAUUGGUCCAAAUGCACCCCAUUUUCCAGGUAAAUCUAUUUUAACGGUGUUAAAACAUCAAGACACGGAAAAGCAUAAGGAGAUCCUUGAAACAGUUUCAAAGGUUACAGAGCAUUUUCAGUCUCAAUCACUUCUACACCUGGCUGCCAAAAGGGGAAAUGUUGAACAUGUUCGCAGACUUCUUGAUGCUGGUGAACCUGUUGACGCCAUGUGCUCAUGCUCAGAUCAACGAGAAGAUGAAAAGACACCCUUAAUGUUUGCCGCGGAGUUUAAUGAGAUAGACGUCGUGGAAUUUCUUAUCCAAAGAGGUGCUUCACUUGAGGUGACGGAUCGCGGAAGCAUGACUCCUUUUCUCCAUGCUGUUAGUGGAGGAAGGAUGCAAAAUGUGAAACGCUUGGUUGAACUUGGAGCAAAUGUGCUAAAAAAGACGCGCCGUGGAAUGUCAGCAAUUCAUGUCGCUGCCGGACAAGGUAACAAAGACGCUGUAUUCUUUUUGCUGGAACACGGUGCAAGUGCAGACCAGCAAGGUUUUUAUGGUCUCACUCCCCUUAUGUUGGCCGCAAGAAAAGGCUGCCUCGACACCGUCAAAUUAUUGCUUUCCAAAGGAGCAAACUUAAAUGGAUGUACACAGGGUGGCGACACACCAUUACUUUUUGCCGCUAAAGAAAAUCAUACAGAUUUAGUCAAAUUUCUUUUAAAGAAAAAUGCAAAUCUUUUUGCAAAAAAAUCAUAUGGAGAAACAGUGCUUCAUUUGGCCACGCAACUGGAUCUGGUUAGUUUCCUUUGUGACCAAGGUGCUAAUAUUCAUGCGAAAGAUAGUUGGGGGAAAACGCCUCUUCACGCGGCCGCUGAGAAGGGACAAUCUGACACAGUUCGUUACCUUUUAGAGCGCGGAGCUGAUAGCAAUUCAAAUGAUGACAGGGGCCAUACAGCUUUGUAUUAUGCCAUCCUGGAAAACCAUGCUUCUACUGCAAAAGUUCUGAUUGAGAGUGGUUGUGAAGUAAAGCUCACUUUCAAAGGGGGUCAUUUUGUCGAUGAGGGCGAGGUAUUGGAAACAGCUGCUCGUAAGGGGUUUUCUGGUAUUCUCAAACUUCUCCUGGACAAAGGUGUACCUGUGGACGUCGUCAGUAGAGAUGGAACAACACCUCUGAUGGCAGCAGCCGAGGCUGGGCAUUGUGAAGUGGUGAAAGUUCUCCUCGAUCAUGGAGCAAACAUCAAUGGUUUCGGUUUUCGAAACUUUGAAAGCGAGAAACACGAGAUUGUAUAUGAUAAAGGACGAGACGGUGAAGGCAGUGACAACGAGAAAAAAGAACCUGAACUUGCCAACAUUCAAACACCAUUGUAUUGCGCCCUAGAAGCUGGAAAAGGUGAGGUGGCUAGACUUCUGAUUGAACGAGGGGCUGAUACCUCUGACCCUAGUGGAAACACCUCUUCGCUUUCCGAACUGGCUGCCACGCGCGGCCUUUCAGAUGUUUUUCGCCUUCUUACCAAAGAGAAGAGUUUUGAUUUUAACAAAAUCAAAGAUGAUGGAGAGACGUUACUGACAUCAGCAGCUACUAGCGGAAAGUUUGAUUCAGUAAAAUUUCUACUUGACAAUGGUGCUGAAGUUAACGUAAGGAACGCUUCAGGGGACACAGCUCUUUCUUGUGCUGUUCAGUCCUGUGCGGUUCCAGAUUUGGAAAUUGUUAGACUUCUCCUCGCACAUGGUGCCGCUGUCAACACUAGGAAUGACCGCUGUGAAACACCUCUUCUUAUCGCUGCAGAGAAGAAUGCUGACAAAGUUGCUAAUCUUCUUAUUGAGCAUGGAUGUGAAACGAACAGUAAAAACGUCGGUUUUUUCUCCGCUCUACACUUCGCUGCUCAAUACAACAAUGGAAAGCUCAUUGAGAAGCUGCUUCAGCAUGGUGCUGACCCUAGUUUAAAAACUGAUGAUGAAGGCAUGACUCCUUUGCACGUGGCUGCAAAAUCAGGGAGUGUCCUCGCAGCCGACGUUUUGCUAGAAUACGGUGCUGAUUUAGAUAGCACAACUCCCUUGGGGGAAACUCCCCUUCUGUUAGCAGCCCAAGAGAAAAAAUUUGCUAUGGUUUACUUCUUAGCAGAGAAAGGAAGUAAUGUUGAUGCAAAAAGCAGUUUUGGAAAGACAGUUCUUUUGAAUGUCGCCAUAGGUUAUAGAGAUUUAAAAACGUUUUCACUCGCUAAAACGUUGUUGGAGCUUGGCAGCUCUGUAAAUGCAACUGACGAGUUUGGACGGUCUGUUCUGCAUUAUAUGUCUUUCGGUGGCAAUUCAGAAAGGGAAUUUUACAACCUCCUUCUGAGUCAUGGGGGUAAUGUUAAUCUUCCAGAUAAAAACAUGGAGACGCCUUUGCACCUUGCAGCAUCUGAUGGAAACACUGCUUUAAUAGAGUGGCUCCUUGAGCAGGGCGCAGACGUGAGAGCGUUUGACAGGAAAAAUCGCAGCCCGCUUCAUUCAGCUGCGUACAGGGGUUGCAGCAUCUCCGUGCAGUUGUUGAUCCAAAAUGGAGCUGACAUUCACCUUGCUGACAACAAAGGGUGGCUGCCUUUGCACCUUGCUGCUGUAGGAGGGCACAGAACGACGUUUGAAGUUUUGCUUCAAAAUGGAAGUGAUGUCACACUUGUGGACAAGAAAGGAAGAACGUGCCUUCAUCUUGUCGCAAAAUAUGGUCCAUGUGCUUGGGAAGAGUUGUUUGAACUUUUGAACAUUCAUGGCGGCAACAUUAAUGCCAAAGAUUUUAGUGGACAAACAGUAUUCGGGGCUUCACUAACUCCCAAGAAAUACAUAGAUGAACACCACUUUUUUACAAGGUUCCUUCAAUUGUACAUGGAGAAUGGGGGUGACGUACAUGCUGUUGACUUGGUGACUGGUCGAACAACUCUUCAUGUUGCUGCAGCCUGUUCUCUUACUGAUAUUGCCGACAAUCUUUUAGAUGAAGGAUUGAACCUUGAAGCAAGAGACAAGAACGGAGACACACCUUUACACAGAGCAUCGGCACGGGGGACUCCCGAUAUGAUCCAGAGACUUGUAGAGAGAGGAGCUGACCUGUAUGCUGUCAAUAAAAGAGGUCAAACGCCAUUGCUGAUCUGUGUUGCUCUCAACCUCUCUACAGAGGGAUCCACUGUUUUAAUAGAAAACGGAAGUGACGUAAAUAUUGCAGAUAACAGUGGUAACACAGCUCUCCACUAUGCCGUUAGACGUGGCCACGUUUUUCUUGACAUGCUGAUCAAGAAUGGUGCUGUUGUUAAUGCCGUCAACUCAGUCGGAUGCUCUCCGCUCCACGUAACCGCUGGAUAUAUAAAGUCAGCAGAAGCUAUUAAUGUUCUUUUAAGUGCAGGUGGCGAUGUCCAUUGUCGCGAUAAGCAAGGGAAUACGCCACUACACUUGGCUGUUGCAGAGGGCAACUACAACACCGCUGCAGUCCUCAUAGAGAAAGGAAGCGACGUUCACGCUACAAACUUAAAAGGAGAAACGUGUGCACACAUGAUGUUGUUCGCACCCGAAGGAAUGGUAGAGAAAGCCAUAGUUGGCGGUGGACAAGGUAAUGCUGUUGACGAUUUAGGCAGCAGUCCUCUUCAUCUUGCUCUGCUAUCUGGAUUGUGGCAGGUCGCAAAAUGUCUACUGAAGAACGGCAGCGAUCCUAAUGCUGUAGAUUACAAAGGCAGUACUCCACUUCAUGUGGGCUGCUCUUCAGGAAACAAAUCAGCCGUGUCAUUUUUGAUCGAUCAUGGAGGGUAAGAAAUAUGUUGCUUUAGCAAUAUUUCUAUCGUGAUUUAAAGGGGAUGUGUCACGUAUUUAAUUUAAUGCAAUCAAUGGGAACUCUUACCAAAUUUAGUGAAACAUAAAAAUAAUGCUCAUAACAUGAUAACACAACAAAUACAAAGGGGGGCAUGGAUGGACUUUUUUUUUUAACAGUCUUUCAAAGUUCAUUUUUGUUGUAAGGUUGGAUAUUAUCAGGCUUAGAACACAUAUUUGUUUGCCUCAAGGCUCAAGUUUCAUAGCGAAUAAGGACGCGUAUCUGGCCUGAUUAUCAUAAACAAACUGAACAACGAUUUUUUAGCGCAUCACAGCGUUGCAACGUUGUUGCGACAUUGAUUCAAAUGGUUACAACAUUGUUCCAACAUUGCAAUGCCGUGUUGAGCAAAAAAUCGUCGUUGCGAAUCGUUCCCGUGUAACAUCACCUUUAAGUGACUUGAGUAGGUGCCAAGACAAUAAAGCAUUAUUUUCUUCACGUGUUCUUGUUGGUUGCAUUGGUUGUGCGUUGAAUCUACAAUCGCCGGAAGUCACGUGGUUCCCUAUUUACAGUGCCGGGUCGCAGAAUGUACAUAUAGGAAACUAAUAUCUGAGCUUCCGAGAGCAAAAGUAUUUUCGUGACCACUGGGGAUGAUUGAGCAUUAAUCUAACAAAGGGAAAUACCUUAAAUAUCGGCUUAUACGACUUCGUAAGGCGUUUAAGGAGGGCUUAUGAACGGCUGAGGGGGGGGGGAGCUGAACACCGGACCAAAAAGGCGCUUCACAACAAGCUACAUAGCACUUCUUUUCUCGCUUUUUUAAGUUCCAAAAUGUCGUAAACAAAUCGAUACAAGCUAGAGGGGGCUUAUAUCCGGGGGAGGAUUAUGUCCGGGUGCAUUUUUUUUGUUUAGGGGUAGAUGGGCCUAUUACUGGGGGGAGGAGGUAUACUGGGGGUAUAAGUGGUAAAGCUUAGCGGAAGUUAACGGUAUUGGCUAACCUCUUUCUGGGUAGAUGGGCCUAUUACUGGGGGGAGGAGGUAUACUGGGGGUAUAAGUGGUAAAGCUUAGCGGAAGUUAACGGUAUUGGCUAACCUCUUUCUGGGUGUAAAGCUUGAAAACCCAUUACAAUUCAUUGUCCACCAUAUUUCUAAGUGUUGUUCUUUCCCUUGCAUUUGUUUUUCAGUCAUCUCGAAGCACGAGACGCCAAAGGCUGUACGCCACUUCACAUCUGUGCUGUGUUCAAUCAGACGAACACCGCAAAACUUCUUCUCGAUCGCGGAGCAAGUUUGGAGGCAAGAGACAAUGAAGGAAGUACUCCAUUACAUCUCGCUUCAGCUUUCUGUGAUGCAGACAUGGUGUCAUUGCUUGUGAAGCACGGGGCAAACGUGCAGGGAAAAGAUUCUGACGGAAGUGUAGCUCUUCAUACAGCUGCUGCUCUCGGUAGAAUGGACAUCACACGGGUCCUGAUUGAUGCCGGAAGUGAUGUCAAUGCACAUGAUGCAAAUGGAAAUACACCGCUACAUGUGUCGGCAAGCUCUGGCAAGUUGGAAGUGGUUCGUUUAUUACUGGAUAAGAAAGCGGAUAUGAAUGCAGUUAACAAUGAUGGUGUUUCACCAGCUGGUUGUGCUAAAGCAUUUGGUCACAAAAAGGUAAAGCGGCUUAUCGAAAAAAAGAUGCUGCAUGCGUGAUUAACUUCGUGCCAGAUAAGAGAAUGUGAGAACUUUAACCCUCUAGCUAUCUAGUAUCAAAUUACAAAUUAGGCGUUCAAGUUCAAGUGUAUUUCAGCAUUAAAGUUGAAAAUGUGAAAAACUGCUCUACCUGCAAAUAACAGGACUAUUCCAAGCGGGUAGAGCAAAUCAGACAGGGUUACACAGUGGCGGAUCCAGGGAAGGAGCCCGGGGGGUCCGCCCCCCUUAGUUUUAGACCAAGCAAAGAGAUAAUGAGUUAAGAGAGCGAAUCCUUGUGCCUUGAAUCAUUCUCUCUUGACCAAACUGAGGUCCAAAGGGCCAAAAAAAAUUGUUUUUGGAGAUCGCCCCUUCCCUCCCCCCCCCCCCCUCCCCUAUCUCAAGGUCUGGAUCCGGCACUGUUACAUACCCUAAUAGCCUGUGUACAGACGCCCCCUCCCCUAAGAAAAAAUCCGUGGGGAGAGAGAAUCUAUUCCCGAUUUUUCUGAGGGGAAGCGGGCGUCUGUACACAGGCUAAUACAUUAAGGGCCAGUUGUUUAAACGGAGUUUUGCCAGUGUUUAACAAAACCGCCUUCUAAGCCAGUUUAAUUUUUUUGCUAAACUCUUUUAUGUAAACACCAUUUAUCGUGAACAGUUUCAUGAGCAUAUGGUAUAGACUAGAAAAGCAUUUGUCUUCUUAAAAUAACCCACAUAGGAAGAGAUCUGGAGGUCCAAAGAUUUCCUAAACCGCGGUCUAAGUGAGACGUCGUUUAAAUUACUGACUUUAAAAGUCUAAAUACUUGUAAUGCUUGUAGUACUUAUCCGAGGGAUAGCGAUUUAUCCGGCGGUUAACGCUAUCUAACUUUUGAACUGCGGCUGAUGUAUAUAUGGUUUCUUGCAACGUAGUUGUACAGUAUUCUGUAGACAUUGUAAGUACAUAGUUAUUAAUUCUAUCCAGCAACAUAAUACUGGAGUUAUCGGUCUAGCUGUUAUAAAGGGGUGACGGUAAAGUAGUCUCUGGGUAUAAAUGGUUAACAAAUGUUUUUUUUGCGAAGACAAUGUUUACAUUUAUAAAUUCGGCAUUGCUCAUCUCAGUAUCCUCAAACCGUUCCGUUUUUAAAUAAUAUUUUUCAACCAGGCACCGUUUCAUCCAAUUUGAAUAGGAAUAGGGUUCGCGCGCACCUUGAAAAUCCUUGAACGUCCUUGAAUUUUAAAAUAAAAAUUCAAAGCCUUGAAAGUCCUUGAAAAUUGCAGUCGGUGCUAAAUUAAUAGUUUAAGGAGAACUGCAAAAACACAAAGACCUUCGGGAUAAAAUUCCCGUGAUGUGGAAGAACUGAAAAUUGACAUAGACUCUAAGCUCUUUUUUUGCACUGUAUGUAGUCCUUGAAAUGCCAAAUGUGUCCUUGAAACGUCCUUGAAUUUUUUGUUCAAAAAAGAGUACGAACCCUGUAGAAAAUGGGCGCAGUUACACUAACGUUUCGCAAAAAAUUUCCAUAUCCAAACAAUAUUUAUUUAUGACGGGCAGUGUUUCAUCCAAUUUCAAGAAACCUGAAGUUAAAGAAUAGAAAACUGAAGAGCCCAGGCACAUUAACUUUUUACACCGUUUUUUAACAACACUAAAUAACAACACUUGUUUGUGUUACAAGUCCCACCCAAAAAUAGCGUGGCUAAUCGUGUCGUGUGAGUAGUUUUUAGCCGUCUUUGAGAUAUGUGGACAACGUUUGAUGGAUUGGGCUCUGACUUUACAGUGAGUAACAGCAGGUCCGGUUGUGUUUCAACCUUUAAAAGUGAUGAAGCGAGUGGAAGCAGAAUGGGAAGGACGAGAAAACUAACUAUUUUUGUCUCAGAUUAUUUACAACAUUUGAAAAAUAAAAUAACGAUUUAAAGGUAACACAUCCACUUAGUGGUUCUUCGUCUACCUGAUUCCUGUUAGUCUUUGAAUUUGGAAAUGUUGGUUUUUGCCGAGAGGGCAAACCAGAGUACCCGGAGAGAAAGCUCUCGAAGCAAAGGAGAGAACCAACAUCUAAAAAUAACUUAAAACCUGUCAAACCGAUUAUACCAGCUGAAUGGGGGUACCUCGAUAACACUAAACACUCAUUUUUUGGCUCUGUAAGAUGAAACAGUUUAAUUUUAGCAGGAACCGGGCUUCUGAGUUUUGGCAUUUUAACACUAUCACCUUGGUGGGAAAAUGAAAUCAAGGAAAGAACUGAAAAAAAAAGCUUUGAAAUCGAAGUGGAUCAGUGAGCUUUGAAAUGCAACUAUCCUACCGGGCACGUUUUAAAGAGUGAAGCAUAACAAAAUAGGCACUUGCUAUUUAGGAAAAUGGAAAUAAGUGGCCAAGUAUUCUGAAGUGUCACUCAGAAGGUUUUUUUAUGCGUCAGAAACUGAAAAGUCCUGAUGCUAUUUUUUGUCUCUGUCUCUGCCGACUUCGGUGAACGCGUCACGAAAAUCACGUGCAAGACUGGGGGUAAAUCGAGGAUAAACGUGAGUAGGAAAAUGAAAUCAAGGAAAAAACUGAAAAAGCUUUGAUUUCCAAGCGGAUGUGAGCUAGUAGGAAGUAUCACAGCUACGUUUAAACCACCAUACAACGAACAAGGCAAAAUACUUUUGUUAUUUAGCGAGAUGUAAAUUAGUGACCACAGUGAACGUGAAUGCGUCAUGAGAAUCAUACGCCACCCUUGAGGGUAAAUGUGAGGAGAAAAAUGAAAUCAAGGAAAAACUGCAGUUCGGCCCCGAAGUUUAUUUUUGUUUCCGUCGUCUCGGAAACUGAAAACCACCUCGUGCCAAUUGUAGUCUUUUUAGUAGGAGCAAUUCCGACUGACCAUACUGAACGCGUCAUGAGAAUCACAUGCGUUGUAUCCUUGAGAGUAAUCUUUAGUUGGAAAAUGAAAUCAAGGAACGUUUGGCUACAGUGUAUUCAGUAUAUGGUGCACAAGAUAUUCCUCCAAUAUAUUUAUGUCUCAGAAACUGAAAGCACCUCGUCCUAUUUACAGCCUUUUUAGUAGGAGCUAUUCCGUCUGACCACAAUGAACGUGUCAUGAAAAUCAUAUGCCAUGUAUCCUUCAAAGGGUAACCUUGAGUUGGAAAAUGAAAUCAAGGACUUAGUUUGACUACAGCGAACGCCGCGUCAUAAGGGAAUGAUUUUUCAAGGUGAUGAAAGCGUUGCUGCAGAUUUUCCCAUGAAGAGCCCGGAGGAGAGUAAAAAUUUGACAAGCUCAACGCAGCGUAAACCUGAUCAUGAUCCUCAAAUGCGAGCAGGACCAAAACAGACAGAGACCAACCUUGGUGCCCAGGAGCAGAUUGACCAAGGUACAAACUGUUUAACUGCUAGUGUCCUUUUUAACCACUGCAUUCUUUCCGUAUGGAUUGAACUUCCUUUUUUUAUCUAAAGGAGAAAAAAAAAUACGAUAAGAAUAUUAUCGAAUGGUUUCACAAACACGACACCCUUAAUUUGCCUGUUGCCAGAGUGGAAUUUGUGAGUGGGGUGGAAGCCCACGAUGGGAGGGGGGAGGGGGUAGUCCCUUAAAUAGUCUAUACGGGGAUGUGCCGCUGGUCAGGGUAUGGUUUUUGCCCUCUCUAUCCUAAAACCAGGGUAUAAAAUUUUGCGCCAGACGGCGUCUGUCCUAAUCAGGGUAAUAAUGAACAGGGUGUUGCCUGCACGAUUGAUUUGAUUUUCUUGAUGAGAUUUGCUUGCUCUUCAAGUAUACAAAAGCAAUGACUUCAAUGUGAAUAUGCUCAAUUGCUUUUGACCGGUCGCCCUCAGCUCAGUCAAAAGCUGCACGCCUCCCUCGAAUAAACACCGCACCCAAUCAGAUGAAUGCGACAUUUAUUAGUAAUUUACACCAUUUACACAAUUACGAUUCUAUCUCAGCAUUAUAGAAGAGACAUUGUUCUGUCUUAUAUAAUACAGUCAAACCCCGCUUCACGCUCCCCCACCCCCCCUUAAACGGGCACCUUAUUAUUACGGACAGUUUGCUUUGCCCCCGGGGGAAAUAAGGCCCUUACAUUUUCUCUUAAUUCAACCCGCUUAAUACAGACCCUCAGUGUCAGUAAUACGGGGUUUGACUGUAUUUAUUAAUGAUUUACCGCAACUGUUAUCGGUGAUUUUAACAUUAAGAACCGUGAUUUUAAAAGAAAAAACAUCGCCCUUGAGUAAACGCAGCAUCAGAAACGAUGAAAAUUUAGUAAAUUUCUGCAGCAUUUAAUCUAGUAAAUACGGUUAUCGGCUCUCUACGCCCAAACUUUGUGUAGUAGGUUUUUUUUAUACAUUGAUGAGUUAUUUGUUAACUGAGGUUCUUUUUGUACUUUUGAUGAUUUAUCCUCUUCAUUGUUUGAAGUUACACCGACAAUACCCCAUGGUUCCUUGGUUUCUCACGCGGUUCCUGGAUCACCAUCAGUAAACGCACCUAUACAGUUGAAGAGUUACAAUAAAGGGGGCUAUUCAGUGGUAAUUACUGGGGGCAUUCUAUGCUGCAACAGUGAUGAAAAGGGCAUUUUCAUGAUGAAAAGUGGGACUGAGUUUGUUAUUGCCAUAGGAAAUAACAAUAAACAUGGUAAGAAUUAAUUAGGGGAGCAGGUUGAUUUAUCGCUACCUCAUGUAACGUUGGAUUGUGGAUUCAACGCUGAGGAUGCCGGAUUCCAGGCACUAGAUUAUGGAUUCCUUGACAGUGGAACUUGGAUUCCGGAUUCCUUGACAGUAGUAUAAUUCCAUCCGGUUGUCUGAGACAAGGAGGUUUCCCUGCUGAGAAAGUAACGUUUUGUGUUAACUCCCGCAGGAUACCCUCCAUUAUGGCCUAUACCGGGUGGCUCCCCCCCUAAAGGGGUACUUUAAAAUGUUAGGCUUCAGGUUUAUGAAAGGGUAGUGAUUUUAUUGGUUGAAGUUUAUUACAGCAAGGAGCCCAAAAGUGUGACCGCUUUUGAUUUAUUCACAUUGUUUCGUGCAGUAUUAAUCCAAUCAGAAGCCAGCUGAAAACUGUCCCCCACUUCUGACUGGUUAAUGUCUGCAUGAAAGAAUGUGAGUUAAUUAAAGGAGGUCACACUUUCGGGUUCCUUGCGGAAGGGUGGGGAAAUCUGUCAUUUCAUUCGGUAAAAAGGCCCAGAAGGGCUAACAGAGGCAUUUUACAUGGUAUGUAAAGGGGUCCCUUUUGUCAAUACAAGGUAUAGGAAAGGGGUACCUUUUAUGUCAGAAAUGGUAAGAGGUUUGUUCUUGUGGCGGACCCUCCUCAUAAAAAACUUUGUUUAGUACCUCCACCGGUAGGCUUGCUACAAGUCAACCUCUCAUAAGUUCUUGAAAAGUGAUCGAAGCGAGCUUCAAUGCAUGAAGUCGCGCAGCGAACGAGCGAGCGACGCAGUCUCGAGGUCAACUUGUUUCCCCUGAAUGGAUUUGAGUCAUAUUAUAAAUUUACACGGGGAAAAAAUGAUUGACAUAUGCUUUGUCGGGAGCGGCAUGAAAUAUCACUCACUGUCCUUUUGGUCAAUUGUCAUGACGUCACCGGUAGAAUUUUCGACCAGUGAAUUUAGUCCCAAACAGGUAUGAAAAGUCCUUUAAAAUGGCAUAACCAACCAUUAAAAAAAUAAAGGACUUUUAAAAAGUCUACUCCACAGGGUGCUAACUUGACCAAAGGACAAGGGCGUAGAUAAAAAUAGCAACAGGAAAAAAAAGUAAAUGUAAAUUGAUAAAUUGGCUUUCAUUAGCAGGGUUUAAUCGAGGGUAGCCUGUAUUCCUGAUAAUACGGUAAACUAAAAUGUAUAUUAUUUAUUUUCUCUUUACCUGUAGCUGCCGAGGUAGACAUUACAUUUGGGGAAAUGUACCUUGGGGUGUGGCUGGUGGAAGCCAAUCGAGAUCUUUUUCACAACCCACUGUUAAUUGAAGGGUCCUCUUGGGCACCAGGCAGGCUUAAAUACUUCAGUGUCUCAGACGACAACAAGCCAACGCCCAGUGAUUUAUUUGGUCCAAAUCCGAAACUGAAUGGCCCUAUCAUUCUUGAGUUUAAACCCGAAGUGUUGAUGCUAAAGCUUUUUGUGAAGCAUGUUUGGAGGGAUGGAGAGAAGGAGGUGCUCAUGCCAGAUUUCCAGACAGCAACUAUUGGAGCUUUAAAGGAAAGGAUUAAGAAGAUUUACAAACUUAACGUGUCAUGCCUGAUAUUGGGUGGAAAAAAGCUACCUGAAGACAAAACCAUGAGGUUAGUCUACAAUAGAAUGGUUGAGUUAUAUGUAGUGUGUAUACAAUGACUCCACAUUUCUAACAAUUAUUAUUAACCGCACAUAUAGGCAGUCCAAUCUAUCAUUUUUCUCCUAAACAAUUUCGUUAGUUAAACAGUAAUAUAUUAGCAAAAUGACUCGGAAGCAAAAGCGAAAAAUCAACAGAAAGAAGAAAAAACAAAAACGUUCGGGAACAAAUCCAUAAUCCAUUACCAACCCCUACUUCCUUGUUAAUAUUUUACGUUCCUCGAAAUGUUCACUAAAAUUUUUUCCACCUAAAUGAAGCCUAGGAAAUGCCGAGCAAAAAGGCGAAAAAAGGCAAGGGCUACGUCCACCUUUUUUAUAAUUUUUAGUAAAUUUUAUUGCAGUUUUGUUGUGGUCCAUCGGUGGACCUAGGACGUUAUUGAAGAAGCUACCCGUACGAGUUUAAAACACAAAAAUAUUAAGAGCUUUUCUUGCCUUGUCCCUGUACAGCGUCUUCCUAGGCCUUCGCGGUCAAUGCAUUUCAGUGAAGUAUCCGAGACGAACAGCCACGUGACCCAGGGACUAGGGAAGAGCUUUUCCUGAUUUGUGUUGUAUGAAACCUGGGGGAGGGAAACGCAACAAUUUUUUUUAGGGGAAUGCUCAGCUUCAAGGUCCAACCCCUUACACCUUUUAAAUACCAUUUUUGACGGAAAAGGUACCCUUUCGUAUACCUUCUAUUGACAAAUGGUACCCUAGUUCACGUACCUAGUUUAGAACUUUGCUUCCCUUUUAACUGCUGUAAUUACAUUUUCUUUUAAAUGUGAAUAGAUAACAAAACUGGAAAAUUUUGUCGACUUGUCCACACCCAUAAAUCCUUCUGUUAGCCCUAUUGUUGGUUUUCAGAUGACGUCACUAAAAUUCGAACUACAAAACUAUCGAUCCUACCGAGAUUUUACUUUCAUGAUGUAUUAGAGCAGAUGAAAACUAAUUUUCAUACAAAUUUUUGCUUCUAUAGGGUUCUUGGUUUUGUGAUAGAGUACGCGUGAAUUUCUAAGCUUUUGCAGGAGCCGAUCACGGUGGCUUUUGCGUGACGUCGCAUUUACAUGACGGCCAAGAGAGCUUUCAUAUAAUUCAUUUAGUAAAAUCCCUACCUUUUCAUAUACCUGAAGCCUGAGAAAGGUACCCUUUCGGGCGGAACCUCCUCGUAUACGCCAUUAGGGAGCUUUUAAGCUUAAAAGCAACAUCGACGCUGACGGCUAAGAGAACGUCACUUAAAAAGGGAGUUCGCGCUACUUCAAACGUUAUCGCGUUUAUUCCAACUCUUCUUUCAAUUCUUCAAAUUUUUCUGGAGUUGAAUUCUAAAAGAUUGUAUCAAAGUUCAGGAAAAGAAAAAGAAAGUCGUUGUCUUGUGUUCACGUCCUCGACCAAACGUGAAAUUAGGCAUUUUCAUGUUGUAGUCGUGCAGCGACGAGAAAGAAAUGUACAAAAAAGCGUGAUGCACGUACAAAGUUAUUGUUUUGCCAAUAGGCCAUUUCCGAGUUCCCCUGGGCCUCUGUUUCAAAAGGAGGGUAGGUGCUCAGCCUUUGACAUGGAAAACAUUUUUCAUUCUCAUGCAAAUAAAACUUUCACAGGAAAGGUUGUGCACCUAGCCUCAAUGUGAAAGUAAGGGUUUUUGGAACUCAGAAGUGGCCUAUUUAAACCUAUUGCUUUUUUGCCGUUCUCGUUGCCGUCGCCCUCGUCGUUGCUUAAACUCCCUAAUAUUAUAGGAAGUCCCCCUCGGGGUAUAAACCUUUAAAAGUGCUGGGCUCGAAUACCUUAACUGUUUACUACCAAUAAUUCUUUUUGCUUCUUAUGAUGUAAGAUUAAUUUUGUUUUUAUAGCUCUUACGCCAUGGAGAACACCAAUGAGGUAAUUCAGGUACUCUACGAAAAGGAGGAGCUUGAGAUUCAGUAUUCAGGAAAAGUUCUCACCAUGAUUAUAGAUCCUUCCUCCUUAUCACUUGAUGAAGUAAAAGGGUUCAUCCAACAGGAAUUCAGCAUUCCAAAGUUACAACAAGAUCUCCGUUUUAAUGGAGAAAAGGUCGAGGAAACUGAGGGCCUUUUAGAAAUAUUUGUAAAAUCAAAAGAGAAACCUGUGAUCAGCGUGUGUAUCAAAGCAAUCAGCAUCAAAGUGUGUCUCCCCGAUGAAAGUUCACAUGAACUCACCAUAAAUUGGCUUGCAACAGUUAAUGACCUCAAGAAAAAGCUACAGCAAAUCUGUGAGACAGUCGACAUAUUAAAGUUCAAUGAUGAUGACAUCAGUGACGAAGAAAGCAAGACGUUGUUCGAGUUAAAAUUCCAAGAGCAAAAUACAGUGUAUGUACAGACCAGAAAGACUCAGGCUUACACAGGAUACCCCACCGGCGAUUUUGGGUAAGGUUAUUUAAUACUUUGCAACACUCUUUACCAUGUUCAUAUAACUGUGUGAAAUUUGCUACUGACUUUUACUUUGUGUUCAUUCCUUUAUUUACUUCAAAGAAAGCGCAGUCUCCUUCUCAGCCGGUUUGAGGAUGUCACGCAACGCUCUCCCAAAGAAAAAGGGCAUUGCCUCGUUGGUGGAGCAUUGCGUGACAUCCCGAAAACGACUGCGACGACGGCAAAAGAAAGCCAUGACCAAAUAUUGUAUUGUUGUGAAAGUCCUGGCAAAGACGUUUUUAUUUUGGCAAAGACGUUAUUUUUGUCACACACUCGACUUUUUAAUAUGCUGCAUGGAUUAAUAGAUCGACGCCAGUUUAUAAACAAUCCCCCGGGGGAGGGGGGGGGGGGGGAUUUCAGUCAAAACCCGAAAAACACGACCAAACAUGAAAAAAAAAGCCAUGCAAAAAUUUUUUAUUGUGGGGAAAGUCCGGGAAAAAGUUUUUUUUUUUUGGAAAAAAUGUUUUUUUUUUCCCCCCUUUUAUUUUUUAAAAUUGUGAAUGAAUUAAAAGAACGACCCCAAUUUAAAAAAAAGCCCCCGGGGGGGGGGGGGGGGGGGCGAUACAUACAGAAGACUCCCAUACAAAAUAGAUAGGGAUUUCAUAGAAAAUUUUUAAUUAAACCCAUAAAAAAAUAACUAAUUUGGGCGUGGCUUAAGCCCUUUACCUCCAAAAGAUACCAAAAUACUUAAUUGAAUAGAAUUUAUGGUUGCUACAUAUCUAUUCCCGUGCAAAUCGAGACGAAAUUUUGACGUCUGAAAAUAGGAGCUUUUUCCUGGUCUUUCUGGGAAUACCCUAUGAGAGACUCCAAAUCUGUAAUUUAAAAUCCUAAACAAGAGGAAGAGCAACUUUCACUCAUGGAAGGCUUUCCCGGAAACGGAGUAGGUACUUUACAAUAUUACAUACUUACUUUAUUGUUACCAAAAGGAAGUGAUUUACCAAAGUGAUUUACCAAACGUUACCAAGGGGAAGUGAUUUGUUGUGUAACUCUCGUUUGAAUUGCCCCUCUUCAGUUUGGGAUCUUUUCCAAAAAAAUGCACUAGAAGAUAAACCUUUUCCAGUAUACUUACAUUGCUCGAUAUCUCUUUCAUCCUAAAAGGGCCCGGACAAGAGGAUUUGGCUCUGGGCGUACCAGAGGAUCUGAUGACCAUCCUGCAGGUAAUUUAUUCCAUCCCCUUGUGUGACCCAGUACUUGGAAGUCAUUGGGAAUUCCUAAGGGGAUGAUGGCCUUAUAGAGCCAAAUUUUCAAAGGGAAGAAUGAACCCGAAAUUUCCACACUUCCGAGGAGUUGGGUAGUUGGGGGAAGGGUUCAGCCAAUUUAAUGGGCCCUCCCAGGGGGAAGAAGGAAUGUAGAUAUUUUCUUCAGCGACACAUUCAACAAAGCAUUGCUUAAUACGACUGACCUGUUUUGAGAACAAAUGCCGACAUUCCCUAACAUCCCUUCACUGAAUAGAGAGAUGUCGUUACGUCACGUUGCCAUGGUAGCAAAAUUUCUGGAUCUCAACAAACCGUGGUCCCCAGCCUCGUACCCAUGCCAAUUCGCGCUAUCCGAGUUACCAGAGGAGGCUUGGAACCGAGUGCGAUAGCGCGAAUUUUCCCGACAAGCUUGACAGGUGACGUCACAUCCGAAAUCGCAGAGGAUGACUGGGAACGAGGCUGCGUGGUCCCCCAAAUAUGGCAGAAAAAAACGAAAAAAUUGAAAUGACUUUCCUGUGCAUGAUUGCACUCAGAAACAAAACGGUAGCCCAUAUGUUUCUUCCAUUGAUCAACAACACAAAUUACCGUCUCGGUAAAGAAAGAUUUCGCACUUCUCCUUUUUAUUCGAUUCGCUCUAUUCACACGUUUUUGUUUGUUUUAAGGACCAAGCACAUUACGCGCCGAAACGGACGACAUACAACUCGACAGUGUGGGAGGAUCCUCUAGAAGGGUACAGCAUAUUUUUUAUUCCAUUUAGUAUUUUUUCAUCUAGACACCCAUUCACGUAAUGAGAUCAAAUUUCAGGUUUUUCUUUAUAUUUCUGAUUUUGAAUGGUAUUGGCAACAGAUCUCGGCUUGGUUCGAAACCUCGAUUUUUUGAACUUGAAUACUGAUGUGUUGGUGUUCGCAAUUUUUGGGCUUAAGAUAAGGCGUUUGUUGAGUUUCCAUGUUUCUGUUGAUAUAGUCAUGAACUUACGUGUAUACCAUAUGUAUGGUACGGCCUUAUCGACGUUUAUGUCUUAAAAUCGAUACUAACGGUUAAUAAUAAACUCUUUUUCAUGGCCGUUGAAGGAGGGCAUUGCGAUGCUUUGUGGCAAUAAAGAGAGUGUUAACUGGAAGUUCCGUGUAGACAAAGAAGUCAAAGAAAAAUGGAAAUUUUCUAAGGAAAAGGCAGUUAUACUCACAAUUCAACUCAUAGACCACUGGUACGUGUAAAUUAGCUCACACACCUCUGCAAAAAAGCUUAAAGAUUCUGCAGAAAAAUUCUGUGAUUGAGAUAUUUAUGUAAGUUAGUUAUUUCUACGUUUCGCGGCUGGGGCACCUGAUGUCCUGCGUUGAGCGUCUUGUCGUUUGUCUUGGGUAAAAAUUCCUUCAGUACCGUUUUAUGAACGACAACUGUCAACAAAUUAGGGGGCAGAACGCACCGCAUCACCUGGGUAAUUACCAUUUACAAGGAAAAACCGGAAAUUUCAGUAGGGAAAUCAAAUGGUUCGCCUCAUUCUGUUUGGGACACUUGGUCAGAAUGCAAUUUUUUCUGCUCUGUUUAGUCUCUUCACCCUCAACAUCAAAUUCAAUUGUUAAGUUAAUUGCAUGAGAUUCCAACCAGAUGGUCUGAGUAAAUGUUAAGCAUCCCUUGCUUCUCUUUAUCAUGUUGUUCCCCUACACUAGAAACCUCUGUCUCUCCAUCUCUGUUAAAUAGACAGGGUAACGUUCGCAACUUUAUCCUGGGGGUAUCUCGUCAGACAAGAAACUUCCCUGCAAUUUCCCUGUCUCCAACACGAUCUUGAAAUGUUUGGUCGGGGAGGUUGCGAAACACGAUAUCUUGUUUGAAGGGUGGAAGGGAGGGUAAAACAAAGGUAAUUUUGUGUCUAGACUGGGAGUAGUCUACUACACAGCCGUUUUUAGUGUCGUCACGCAACGCUCCUCCCCUGUGGGGAGGAGCGUUGCGUGACGACACUAAAAACGGCUGUGUAUCAGCCUAGACUGGGAGCAGCUUUUUCUUCAAACUUUUUGAGGUAGCUUGUGCUGUCGCCUUUAUUUCGUACUGCCCUCGUUAUUUGCUCCUAGUGUAGUUUAUGAAAAAACAUUUAAACUACCCCUAAAACCUUUUAUCUAGCUCUUUAGCUUGGCUUUUUCUAAAGCUGACUUCUUUUCUCCUUUAUGUCAGCACGGGGGCAUCGGCAGCGACAAGUUCUUCAGCAUCCUAA